AAUUCACUAAUACAGCGUUUGUUUGUAAUUAGCUGCCUUCUGUUUGUUCAGGUUUGCAGUAUUCUUCUGUUUUGACUAGCAAUACCUGUUGCAGUAAAGUUAUUUAAUUGUAAUGGUAGGACCUUUUUCGCCAAUUAAUUAGAUCAAUAAACGAUGCUGUAGAAUUAUUGUUAAAAAAAAAUUGACAUUCAGAUAUUUAAUUGAUAGUUUACCAAGCGUAAAGCAAUACAUUUUGGUUUGAAUGGUUGAAAUCUUUAGAAAAUAGUUUUUUUUAAGAGUGCAUAAUUUCACUCCAUCCCAUUUCCAUAUAUUUUCAUGAUAGCUUGCAUACUUGCCUCCAAACCCUUUCCAAAUAUGCCCUAAAAUGCACUGAUGCAUGUAAAUAAACAGUAGCCUAAUGGGACUCUUGCCCUCCACCUGACACACGGGAGUGCCUCUAGGUCACGUGAUAGCAACCCAGAAAAAUGCUGUGCCCUGUCCCCUGCUGGAAGGUGUGCACUUGCAGGAUUCUGAGGACAUGUUGCAGCUCCUCUGCACUCCAUCCCAGCUACGCACUGACAUCCUGACCUGGAUCUGCUGCAGUAUAGACCCAAACUUUGGCAAUUUGAAAGAGAAGGCGUCGAAGGUCCGAGACCCUGAUAUUUUGACCAGAGGGAUUGCUGCUCUUGGCCAGGACCUGAUGCUGUGCAAAAGAGACAGCCUGGACUUGAUAAAGGGUGACGCAAAUUGCCGCCAGCAGCUUCAGUUCUUGGAGCAACUUGUCGCUGUGGUCCUGGACUGCCACGUGUCCACUGAGCAGGGUGCAGAGAUGCUCUUGAACACGCUCUUUGCUGCAGAGAGUAUGCCUCAUCUCACUCAGAUGUUGACACCUUCACUGGACCCUCACUGGCCCUCCAACACCACGGUUUUUGUACACAAGAAUCCCAAAUCCAAUCUCAAGCCAAGAAGAGACAACGCUGACAACAUUGCUGCCGUCAUCCAGUCUACUCGCUCCGUGCUGGAGAAGCUACAGUCUGAGUGCCACUUCCUAAAAGAUGGGGUGCCAAGUUCCCGCGUCUUCACCCCCAGUGCGCUGCAUUUGGCGCUGGGCGACCUCCAGCAGUUGAUGACCACUUUCUGCCACGUGUAUGAGACGGACCUGAAAGCGUGCUGUGCUCGAGAGUCGUCGAGUUUUAGCGCAGAGACCGAAGUCUUCCAGAGAGUCCACGGACUGCUGCUGGCCUGCAACACGGUGUUGGAAAUGCUGAAGGAAGUGUCGGAAGCAUCGGUGUGUGUGAGCGACCAAGUGAGCCGGCUGCAAACAGAACUGUACUGCGGGAGUCAAGGAAAGAAAGGCACUUUAUCUGAUCAACUGGAGGAACUCACCAAGCGCUACAAAGACUAUGUCUCCCGCCUUCAUUCAUCCAUGCACCAAUGAAUGGCUGGAUCAACAUUUAUUAUAAUAUAGUGCUACCUUUGAUCACACUUUUAUACAUGUUAUUGUUCUGUCCUGUAUUUAAGAAAAUAAAGAUGAAUAGACCUUAA